UCCUGCUGGCUCAUCUGUGUGCUGCCUGCGCUCUCUUUGACUGUUUACAGCAUCAAGUGCGGAAGGCGCUUCAAUCGUUCCAGGUGAGUCGGCUGAUUGAAGACAGGCUCCUGUGGAUCCUGGCCAUGGAUGAAGAGUUGACGCUUUUGGACUGCCUGCUGCCCUCAGGCACGCAGAGGAUCUGUCUGAUUAUUCUGAACCAGCCUCUUGAUAAGGACUACCUGCACAUCCUCUGGAGUAAAGCUCUCUUGAGGGCUUGUGCUGAUGGAGCUGCCAAUCACCUUCAUAACAUCACUGCUGGAGUUAGAGACAGCUUUCUCCCCGACUAUAUCAGUGGGGAUUUUGAUUCCAUUACUGCCGAGGUCAAAGCAUUCUAUGCAGACAAGGGGUGCAAGCUGAUAGAAACAGCUGACCAGGAUCUAACUGACUUCACCAAGUGCCUUGCAAUCAUGGUGGAGGAAGUUCAGAGACGACGGUUACAGGUGGAUGCCAUAGUGACACUGGGUGGUCUGGCUGGCAGAUUUGACCAAAUCAUGGCAUCUGUUGAGACCCUCCACCACGCUCUAUCCAAGACCCAACUCCCCCUGUUGAUCAUACAGGGGACUAGCCUGGCAUACCUACUCAGACCCCAGGGCAGCCAUAAACUGGAGGUGAACACAGGCCUGGAGGGUGACUGGUGCAGCCUCAUUCCAGUAGGUGGACCCUGCCAAACAAGCACUUCUGGACUGAAAUGGAACCUGAAUAACCAGGUCCUGCAGUUUGGGAAGCUGGUAAGCACCUCCAACACCUAUGAAACCGUUGCCCCUGGAAAGCCCAGGAAGCCUGUAACCGUGACAACAGACCAGCCUUUGCUCUGGAGCAUGGGCAUACGUAAGGAUGGGGAAUGACACAGAAGAAAUCCUUCUCAGGCAGUAUUUGACUAGUCAGAACCUACUUUGCUACCGCUGAGUUAUGGCAAAGUAACUCAUCUUGUGUUUUGUGCAGAAUGAAGUAAAAAGCACUAACUUGUGGCACCUCACUGAAGUGUAUGAAAAGAGCAGAUACUAUUUAAAAAAAAAAAAAAAAAAAAAAAUAGUAAACAGUUAAUUUGGUCGGUUUGGAAUUUUCUUUUAUUCCAACAGAGCUGACCAUGUCUUGAUCAUUAUAUCAGGACACUCAUACUGUAUAUAAAUUUAUGUAUAUGCACCAUAUACACAACCAAAAUCUAAGCCUUAUCACACACCACCAUCUGGUUCCUUUCAAAAGAAAAAGAAAGAUUGAUAUCCGGGAACUUUUAAGGACUUGCUUCACUAUCCCUAAAAGUACACCUUCCUUUAAAUGUGUGCAGGUGUCUGCUUUGUAUCACAGCAUUCACUAUGUGCCUUUGACAUCAGUGCUCCGGUUGCUCUGUCCACUUGUCGCUACCAUAACAAUACUAUGAAAAAUACUGUACAACCAGCUUCAAAUUAUUUGUGCCUUUUGAGGACUAUUUCUAAGUCAGAUAACGUAAAACCAAACUGUUGUAUGCAUGCUGUAGUGAUAGCAGGGCUAUCGGAAUAGAUGGGAUCAGUCUGUGGGUUUUCAUCGGUUUUAUUUACAUAUUGACUAUAAAUGUUGCACAGAAUGUAAAAAUGACAUCCCUUCAGUCCCCAAUCACACCAGCUCAAUAACGCUUUACACCACCAUCUCCUGUCCCCGGGUAUUGAAGUUUGUGUUUUUCCUUGACCAGGAUUUAACCACCACUAGAUAGAAAUACAAAAAAGCAGUGUUAGUAAUUGGAGAAAGAAAACUGUAACAUGGAUAUUUUAUUUAACGUAUUCAGUUUUAUGGCAAAGCAAACCAAUUACUUGCUGCUUUUAAGAAAGCCACAAUACAAUGAUUGUGUGUAUCAGUAGCACUUCCAUUUAACAUUGUACCACAAUUCUUUUUUUUCAAAAACAGACAAUCCAAUUUCUGAACUUUAGGAUACUGUGUAUUCUGACUAUUAAGAGAACAGCCUAAAUCUAUUUGAAUGUUUAAUCCUUCUGUGCACACAAAUAAAAGCAUUGAUGCUACCAGUUUGA